UCUUGAUUGAUUUUUUAUAAUUUUGAAUGGUAUAAAAAAAGAAAAUAGUUUGGGGUUUGAUUUCCUUUAAUUAUGCAAUGCAAGCAAGAAAGAGACGUGAUAAUCCAGCUCUUUUGAUUUGCAUUGGUUAGCAAACAUAAGACAAGAGAGAGCGUAAGAUUCCCUUGUUCCUUCCACCGAGCGAGCAUCAGCAGUGUAAAAUAAAAGAAUAAAUUUUUUUACUGAGAGUUGGAAUCGAAGACGCAGAAGAAAACAUUCAUGUGAGAGAAAGGAAUAGGAAAGUGUCGUGGGAGGAAGAAAGUGUUUUAAAAACGCCCAAAGCAAAAGCUCCUCCCUCCCUCCCUCCGAUUAUUCAGAUCUACUCCCCUCCCUCGUAGAAGAAGAAGAAGAUGGAGAGCGAAAAGAAAUCCUCUUCCAUUUCAAACUUUGGAGCAUGGGGUAUGAACGUUGUGAGCUCCGUUGGAAUUAUCAUGGCUAAUAAACACCUCAUGUCCAAUAAUGGCUACGCUUUCACCUUCGCCACUACAUUGACCGGCUUCCACUUCGCCGUUACUGCUCUCGUCGGUCUUGUCUCCAACGCUUCCGGUUAUUCUGCUCCCAAACACGUCCCUCUUUGGGAGCUUCUUUGGUUCUCAGCUAUUGCCAAUAUCUCUAUCACAGGGAUGAACCUCAGCCUCAUGCUCAAUUCUGUUGGUUUCUACCAAAUAUCAAAACUAAGCAUGAUUCCCGUCGUUUGUAUUAUGGAAUGGAUCCUUCACGGCAAACACUACUCCAGGGAAGUCAAAACGGCUGUCAUGGUUGUCGUUAUUGGUGUCGGCGUUUGCACUGUAACGGAUGUCAAAGUUAACCUCAAAGGUUUCGUAUGUGCCUGUCUAGCCGUUGUAUCAUCAUCUUUACAGCAAAUUUCAAUUGGAUCUCUACAAAAGAAGUAUUCAAUUGGAUCUUUUGAAUUGCUAAGUAAGACUGCUCCUAUUCAAGCCCUCUCUCUAAUAAUUCUUGGUCCAUUUGUUGAUUACUAUCUCAGUGGGAAGUUGAUAACCAACUUUAAGUUGUCUUCCGGUGCCAUUAUAUUCAUUCUUCUUUCAUGCACCCUAGCUGUGUUUUGCAAUAUAAGCCAGUACCUCUGCAUUGGACGUUUCUCAGCAGUUUCCUUCCAGGUUUUAGGCCACAUGAAAACAGUAUGUGUUCUGACUUUGGGGUGGCUACUAUUCGAUUCAGAGCUAACUUUCAAGAACAUCAUGGGAAUGAUUCUUGCAGUUGUUGGGAUGGUAAUUUAUAGUUGGGCUGUCGAGCUUGAAAAGUCGUCCAGUGCAAAGAGUCUUCCUCAUGCAAAAAACAGCCUAACAGAAGAAGAAAUUAGACUAUUGAGAGAAGGGAUAGAAAACAGUACGUUGAAAGAUGUUGAACUUGGUGAGGCUAAAGUUUAGAUUGAUUGGAAGUGAUUAGUGUCAAUUUUAAUGUGGAUUACUUCAAUUCUAUUUGUUCAUUUUAUAGUUUACUUGCUAAAAGACUUGGUGUCUAUCUGUUUCUACGAACUAAUCCAUUUUAGAAAAUGUAUCUUAUUUUUUAAUUUGAUUGUUUUUGCUGAGAUUGUGUUAUUUAUUUGGCUUGUCGGUACAAGACUGCCAGGCGCUAUUGACAUGUAAAAUGUGUAAGCUCAUGACAGACAAUAUAUUCUGUCAAUUGUCUUUUAUGUUAGAUAUCAAAUUUUCAUUA